CCAACUCUAGUUUGUACCUUAAUUUAGUGCAUUGACUUGUUCUCUUCGCCUUAUUUUUUUCUUAAAUUUUCUUUUUUUUUUCACCUGAAUUUUUUUCUCUGACUUUUUCUUAUUUUUUCUGAAAAUAAGAAAAAAAAAAUGAAAACAACAUACCCUUACCAUUGAUCUUUCAUCCUUCAUCAUAAUUCAUAACCUAUAAAACUGACACUUUUCGGAGAAAAGAUCAGUAAGGGUUUAAGUUUUAAGAAGGUCACACACUCACACUAUUUUUAUUUCUCACUUACUCCAACCAUUGCGAAAACCAGAAAUUCGACAUUAUAACGUUAUUAGUCGGCGCAUUCAUAAGACUCACAUUGGUAACAGAUGAAUGCCUCCGAUGAAGAAAUUACAAAUCUCUACAGGGUCCGGAAAACUGUCACACAAAUGCUGAAUGAUCGAGGCUAUUUUGUAACAGAUGAUGAAAUGAACAUGACAAAACAACAAUUUAUCCAACAUUAUGGUGGGAACAUGACUAGAGAUAGUCUUUUCAUGCUUAAGAACAAGCGAGAUAACACCUCUGAUCAGAUAUUUGUUUUCUUCCCACUUCCCGAGCCAUCAAAGCAAACCAUUGGCAUAGGGCCACUCAGAAAAUGCAUUGAGAGAAUGCAGUCAGAGAAAGUUUUCAAUGCAAUCUUGGUGGUUCAACACAAUCUGACACCUGCAGCAAAAAAGGCUACACAGAUUCCAAAUUUAAGGCUGGAGAUCUUCCUGGAUUCGGAGCUGCUUUAUAAUGUUACAGAGCAUGAUCUUGUCCCUGAGCAUCAGGUGCUUACAGAGGAAGAAAAGAAGGCAGUACUUGAGAAGUACAGAGUUAAAGAAAGUCAGCUACCAAAAAUGCUGGCCUCUGAUGUUAUUGCAAGACAUUACGGCCUUCAACAUGGGCAUGUCGUGAAGAUCAUACGACCCAGUGAGAACGCUGGUAGAUAUAUUACAUAUCGAUACGUUGUCUAGUUUAUUCUGAGUUUAGGUCCCUCGGAUAUCUUCCUAAUGUUUGAUCACAAACUAAGUUUUAGUGUUGGAUCUGAGUGUUAGUGGCAUGUUAGCAACACCAUUUUAGACAAUGAGAUGUGAAAUGCUUCAAACCUAGUCUAAUUACAAUGAGGCCACUUGUUUCACGAGUGUGUAUUCAUUUGCAAGACUGAUCAAGUGAUCAAGAAAGUACUGAUGAUUUUGUUAUCAUUUUACAAAUUUGAUUGUUUGUUUGUUUA